AUGGGUAAUUGUAACAACACAAAACAAUCCUCUUCCUCAUCGUCCGCAAACAGACAACAAAACAAAUUAAAUGUACAGGGACAUGGUGAAAUUACGGAAACAAAAGUGACUUAUAAAAUUUUGAUUCUCGGCGAUGCAGGUGUCGGAAAAACAUCCUUGGCAAUCAAGUGGGUGGAUGGAUCAUUCCAAGAAAAUUAUAUUGCAACCAUUGGUGUGGAUUUCAAAAAGAAAGAUGUAGUGAUUGAUAAUCAACUGAUAAAGUUACAGAUAUGGGAUACUGCUGGCCAAGAGAGAUACAAUACCAUUCAAGCAACAUAUUAUCGUGGAUGUGCAGGUAUUAUCGUUGUUUAUGAUAUAACUGAUGCAGAUUCAUUCCAAAAUGUGCAGAAAUGGAUUGGAAACGAUGAAAAGAAUACGUCUCCAAAUGAUGACAUUACAAUACUGUUGGUUGGAAAUAAGGCAGAUUUGGAGGAUGAAAGAAUGGUGAAAACUGAGGAUGCCAACAAUUUUUGUAAAAAUACAUCCUGCGUUGUUGACAAAGUGUUUGAAGUGAGUGCAAAGUCAGGACUCAACGUAAACAAUGCAUUCAUGGCCCUCGUGGAAGCAAUUCACAACAAGAAAAAAAAAGAAAUAAAUUCAUCCAAAGGACAAUCAAUUUUUCCUACUACGAUUAAUGUCUCUACGAAUUCCCAAGACAGCAAAGAUGAUGAUCUCAUUGUCGAUGUUAGUUGUGGGUCGGAGCAUACAAUAAUAUUGACAAAGAAUGGAAAGGCAUAUGCCAAAGGAACAAACCAGUAUGGUCAACUUGGAAUGAACGAUUUGUGCCCUCGAACCAAUUUUACAUUGAUUCCUUUUUUGAAAAAUUUUGCUCCAAGGUUAGAUCUUCCAGAUACAGAACACUUGUGGAUUACCCUAUUGAAGUGGUUUAAAGCAUUGAAAGUAGAUGCAGUGUAUUGUGGAUCAUCAUAUACAGUUUUCUCAGUACAAGGUAAACUUUACAAGUUUGGAACUGACGCCAAAGCUAUCGACAAUAUUACCUUAGCAAGUCCAUUCGAUAACAUUGAAAAAGUGUUUUGUGGCAGAUCCAAUACCGUGCUCAUUUCAAAGUUCAAUAAUAUGAUUAUUAACGAUACUCAGUCACAUCUAGAGAUUCCUUUUCAAAAGGACUCAACGUGUACCUACGAUCCUAUUAGAGGCUUUUUCCCAAAUAUUAUGGGAGAGUAUUUAUUUAACAGGAGAGGUAUAAUAGAAUUAACAAACCCUGAUAAGGCUUAUCUGAGUGUGGAUAAGGACGUGCAAUUUUUGGAAAGUUUAGUGAAUAUUUAG